CUGUUUUUCUCUGACACUCUCUUUGUCUCUGUUCCCUUCUCUCUCUCUCUCUGUGUCCCUUUUCUCUGAAUUGGAGUCCCUUUUCGAUCCUUUCUGCGAGCUUCGCUGUAUGAAUCCAUUGCUCGGAACCCUAGAAAGGCGCUGACAACGCACAGGAGGAUGGGAUGGAAAGAGAAAGAGAGGUUUUUUUUUUAAGUUUUGCGUAGAGAAAAAGAGCGGAAAAGAUCUCGCUUUUUUGCUUCGGUUGUUUUGGAUGAAGGGGGGAGAGAGAGAAAGCCGUGGUCUUGGGCGGGAAAAUGGUUGGUUGCCCUAGUGGGUUGCUGUUGCACUGGAUCUGAUUCCUUUGUUGGAUUUUUUGCUUGAAUUUUGUGUCUGUCUCUUUCUCUCUAGGACCGCAAGUGAAGACCUUCUUCUUUUAUUCUCUUUCCUCCUCCCUUGGAGCACCCUAUCUUCAAUUCUGGAACCCUAAAAGCUCCUGACAAUUCACCUGAAGAGGCAAGAGGGAUUUAAUAGGGGAAGGGAGUGAAAAAGGUCUCGCCUUUUGCUUUGGGUGCGUGGAAUUGUGGGGAGAGAGAAGGAAGUUGUGUUGCGCGGGAAAAAAAAAAAGAAGGUUGCUCUAGAAGCCUAAAUUCUAUGUUUGGCUGAAAAAUUUGCUGUGGCGGGAAAAGUGUUCUUGUUUUCGUUUGUUAUGCAGGAGUUAAUGGAGGAUUCAGAGGCUUUGAAUUCAAGGCUCUGUAAUUCUGUGGAUGGCGCCAUGCUUGCAAGUAGUAGUUUUAAGGAGAGUGAUAUUCUUGGGAAUGAUUCAGCUUUGUAUGAAAAGUUCCUUUUAGAUGACUUGGAUUCAUACUGGGAUGACCUUAGUGCUCGUCUGACUGUUUCGCGGAUGGUUGGUGAUUCUGUUAUUAAAGGAAUGGUGAAUGCCGUGUCAGAGGAAGCUGCACAGAGAAUUGCUUUGAAGGAAGCAGAAGUAGCAGUUUUGAGUGACAGAUUAAAAUGUUAUGAAGCGGGUGCUGUUCAAUGUAACAGAAUGGGGCCAUUCAUGAUGAUGCCAAAACUUCCAAGAAUAAUGGAGACGGAAGGACUGGACAAAAGCUCAUCAGAGUUGAGGUUAGAACUAGAUUAUAAUGAGCAGCUAAUUGGUUUGAGGAUUGCAGUUGAAAAACAGCUUGAUAGGUUGACAGAUGAUCUUGGUAGUUUAAAGUGCUUGAGUUCAGGAAAAGCCAAUGAGGUGGUUACUGAAAUUGAUGAUAGAGUUGAUGCUUUGAAAAGAACAAUAGAAACAGUUUUCAAACAAGUCAGCUGUGGAUUUGGUUCAUUGAUGGUUUCCGUGUUGGACUCUCAUUGGGAAAAUGAGUUUCAGAAUGAAGUCAAUGCCAUGUUGGUUCAAGAUUAUAUAAAAGACAUUUAUGAUAAAUUUGAAACAAAACUAUGGGAGCAGAGUAGGGUUAUAAACAAUCUUAACAAGAAGUGGCAGGAAAAGCUUGGCGAGCUUGCUCUCAUGCGGGAAGAGCUUGAUGGCAUCUCUAGGUCCUUAUUAAGCUCUGAAACUGGUUCACUAUUUUCACAGAAUAGUCUUGAUGUUUUUGAGGAAUGGAAUAAUGGGAAGAGGAAGGACCAUAUUCAUUGGAAGGUACUGGGGAAUCACCACUAUGCCAAUUGUGAGGAGAAUGGCUUGAUCCUGAUGGAGAGAUCUGAGGAAUAUGAGAAAACCAUGUCAGAGGUUGCUGAUUCCCCCCAGAUAAAAGGCAUGACAAAAGAAGAAGUAAUAGUAUACUACAAAACUGAGAUGAUCAAGAUGAGAAGACAACAUGAUUCGGCUUUGCAAGAAAAGACAGAAGAAUUGUUCAGCCUCAAGCGUGAAUUUCUCAAGGAAAGGGGUUCUUUACAUUUGAGGAAAGAUAAGGAAUUUGAACUUUUGAGAAAGAAAAUCCCAGACAUCAUUCUGAAGCUGGAUGGAAUUCUUCAAGUUGAAGAAAAGUCUCCUUUGGUUCAUGAUGAUCAAUUUCAUAGUUUGAAGGAAAGAAUUGAUGCCUUGUAUUCUGAAAAUCAGCACCUGAGAGGUCUUCUUGGAGAUAAAAGAAAGGAGGUUUCAUGUUUAUCGUCGCAAGUUUCAGAAACAGCUAGCCAGAUGACACUUCACUCAUCAGCAGAGGCCAGCCUUUUGAAGCAAAUUAAGAAGCUCAAGUGUGAUAUAAAAGAUGUGAAUUUUGAAACUUCCAUCAGAGAUGAGUUGUCUAAGGUUAUUUUAAGAGAUUUCAUUACUCAGCAUGAACGCAAUCAAGAUGACAUAGAGAUUGAGGCCAAAAUUGUGCAAGAAAUAGAUUCCAUCAUAUUUAGAGGACUUGCUGAUGAUUGUGUGUCUGCUAUGAAGGCUAUUGUAGUGAGGCAUCAAACCGAAAGUAUUUCACUUCAACAAGUGAUUUCCCAAAAGGAGAAGGCGAUUUGUUUGUUAAAUGAUGAAAAUGGAAAGUUAAAGCAGGUUGUAUCAUCACUGACAGUAUUGAUGGAAGAAAAGAAAAGGAUUGAAGUAGAAACUGAUUCAACACUGAACCAACAAAAGGUGAGGUUUGAUUUGCUAUGUCAAGAACUUUGCAUUCUAAAAGACAAAGUUGGCAAGCAAGAGGUGCUGAUUUCAGAAAAAACAAUAGAAUUGGAUUCUACAAAAAACAGACUGAAUGAGGCUUUGCGGCAGAUUGACCGAUAUGAAAUGGAUGUAAGUAAUUUGAAUCAGAAAGUUAAAAACACAUCAGAUGUUUUAGAGGAAGCUCAGAAGCAGAACAAUGUGCUUAACAGUAUUAUCAAAGAGAAGCAAAAGUUACUGUCAUCGUCUGAAAUGCAAGCAGAACGGAUGGAUUCUGUUAUUGUUUCUUUGAAGCAGUUAUCAGAACAAGUUGCCGAUGUUGAGAAUAAGAUGGAAGCAAAGAUUGAACAAAAUAAAUCUAGGUUGAAAGUACUGACUCAUCAAUGCAAUUCAACUAUGCGGCAGUAUGGCACACUUAAGAAAAAGGAAUUAUGGUACAAGAAAAUGCUUGACAUAAGAUAUUCCAACCUUCAAAAGGCUGAGGCUGAGGUUGAUCUGUUGGGUGAUGAGGUUGAUGCUCUCCUGAGUCUUCUUGGAAAGAUAUACAUAGCACUUGAUCAUUAUUCUCCGGUAUUGCGGCAUUAUCCUGGGGUGAUGGAGAUUUUAAAAUUGGUUCAGAGAGAAUUAAAAGGGGAAAACACCAAAUUAAUGUGACAAUUUUCUUCUUCCAGAGCGGCCGAAUACAUUAUUUCACCACGCAGGCAUUUAUUGAACAAGUAUUAUUAUCGGCUGAAUUUUUCAAGGAAUCGACAUCACCAUAUUUGUUGAUCAGAGAGGUUUAGCAAAGAUACCGAAUUUUCGGCACCAAAACUCUAAUGACUCUUAGUUUGUGAAAGAUCUGAUGCUAUUUUCUUCGACUUUUCAGAUGACACUUAGUUGUUCUUUUAGUAGCUUCAUCAUCGCCGUCAUCACAAUGUAAACAGUAGAACCAUCAAGAUCAAGUGUGUAGAUCUUCUUAGCCUUUUGUAUUUUUGUUUAUAAUUAAAUUCUUUAUUGUUGUAUAUUAAGCUCUUUUUUAA